AGCGUACAUCUCUUUAAUUUGGAGGUGGAAUCUAGCAAAGGUACGUGGUCCUUCCGAAGAAACGCAGUGGCUACGACAAAACAAAGAAAAUCGAUGCUGCUUCUUCCUCCUCCUCCUUAGCUUCCUUCUUAAUAUGCCACAAACACAAUACCCCCUUUAACAACGCUUCUUCUUCUUCUACUGAACCAACCAACCAUAUACAUAGCAACACAACCACCGUGACAUGAAAAUAGAUUGAUACUCUCUCUCUAUCUGUGUUUCGCUUUUCCCCAAAACGACAAUGGUAGCUGCCGUAUGCAGAUUCGGACGAACGGCGUUCCUCCUCAUUACUAUCACUUUCUGCCUCUCCGUUUUGCAGCCAUUCGCCAACGCGCGUUGCGACUACACCUUCAACGAUGGAAACAAGCUUUACAACUACACACUCUCUUCUCCCAUUCGUCACUUUCCUCACGGAAUCCUCAGUGAAGACGGGAUGAAGUGAGCCCCGGAAGGAAUGAAACUUGUGGUGACUGGUGACACCAAAAGGUUUUACAAAGUGUCAGUGAACGAGAGCACCCUUUGGUUUCAGCUUUGCGAUGAAAUGGUUUUCAAUCAUGAUCCUCCAAUAUGUGCUGACUGCUGGGAAUGUGGAGGACCAGCGCGAUGUGGGAUGGAGUGCAAUGCACUUGUAUCAAAUAACAUUGGAGGUUAUCAUGUAUGCACCACUCUAGGACGGGGCUCACAAAUAGAAGUUGAUGUUAUUGAUAAAAAAAAUCCCCACACUGGUGUCAUUGUUAAAAUGUCAAGUGGUGGCCUUAAGACCAAUUGUUCACUAGCUGUAUCUGUGCUUUGUGAUUAUAAUGGAGUAAAAGAACCAUACACUCUGCAGAGAUUGGGAGCUUGUAAUUAUGCUACACAGCUAAAGCAUCCAUCUGCUUGUGCCAUAGUUGUAAAUGUUCAUGGGGGAGGGUUGGGGUGGUUUGGCACCUUAUCAAUUGUUGUUGUGUGCCUUUUUGCUACAUAUCUACUGGCUGGUGCUGCCUAUCGAUUUUUCUUCCUUGGGAUUCGCGGUGUAGAUGCAAUCCCUAAUGUAGACUUCUGGGCCAGCUUGCCUAGAAGAAUACAGAUUUGGUUUUCAUCAUUAGUGAGGAGGUUUAAGGGACCAUCCGAAGGUUACCGAAGCUCCUAUUCUCCGGUGAACUUCUGAUUUUACAUUUUUUGGUUCCGGAUUUUUCUUGCGGGUCCAUUCCAAGAUUAUCUAGGAUAUGAGAAGCACAUGCUGCAGAAAUGGGCAGAUAAGUCAAUUUUUUCAGGUGCCUUCCCUGGUCAGUUUUGGUGAUUCCUUGAUAAUGGAACAUUCUGCAGAAAUCUGUAGUUUUCACUCUAACUUUACCUCCACAAACUUGGUAAUCUUUUUGAAAGAAAAGAAGAUGGAAGAACAAACAGAAAGCAAAAUGAACGUGUAGUGUAUUUCGUAAAGGAAAGAGAAAGAGGCAUUUAUUAUGAUGGAGCUGAUCCAAUAAUUUUGGUUUCACAUUCUUUGGUUAUCAGGUAAUUGAAGGAACUUAUUUUUUUUUGUAACUUUGUCUUGCACAAACCAUUUAUUUCAUCCUUGUCCAUGCUAACUUGAAUGGGAUUGGCUUAUAAUAUGAUUUUUUUUAACAGA